GCAAGUGCAUCUUAAUUAUGAGAAUAAAAUUGGGAAGAAAAUGAAGUACUCCGUAGACUAGUAGUGACUAGUGAGUGUAGUUGCAUUAUUAAAAAAGAAAAAAGAAAAAAGGAAAAAAACAAUAAAUACGAAGGUGAUACCAACUGACAAUGGAAGCAGACGCAGCAGACCAAAUUGCAUUCCCAAAUUCCUAAUUCGCUGCCUUUUCAUCGCUUUUCCCGAGAUUCGUCUUUGGCAGUUACGCAUCAGGCGCAUUUUAGAUUUAUCACCUACUCCUCUUUUUCUUUCUCUUUUUCGCCGUCAACCAGUUCUCACUUCUCAUCAGCUUCACAUUAUUACCUCGGCUGAGCUGUAGGAAUUUCUGCUGCGUUUUGAGGUUUACUGCUGUUUGGAAAUGGCGGAUCACGGCAAGGCUAAAUCGGACAUCUCGUUCGCCGGAACGUUUGCCAGUAGCGCUUUUGCGGCUUGCUUCGCUGAGAUUUGUACUAUUCCAUUAGACACUGCCAAGGUCCGGCUUCAAUUGCAAAAGAAAGCUGUGGCAGGGGAGGCUUUGCCGAAAUAUAAGGGAAUGCUAGGAACUGUAGGAACUAUUGCAAGAGAAGAAGGGCUAGCUGCACUAUGGAAGGGAAUUGUGCCUGGACUACAUCGUCAGUGCUUGUUUGGAGGUCUAAGGAUUGGCUUAUAUGAACCCGUUAGAAAUUUUUAUGUGGGGAAAGAUCAUGUUGGAGAUGUGCCAUUAUCAAAGAAAGUACUUGCUGCACUCACAACAGGUGCCGUAGGAAUAAUGAUCGCCAAUCCUACUGAUCUUGUUAAAGUUCGACUUCAGUCUGAGGGAAAGUUGCCUCCUGGUGUCCCUAGGCGUUACUCUGGAGCUAUCAGUGCGUAUUCUACAAUCGUGAAACAGGAAGGACUUACAGCUUUGUGGACUGGGCUUGGACCCAACGUUGCACGCAAUGCUAUCAUAAAUGCUGCCGAAUUAGCCAGUUAUGAUCAAGUGAAGGAGACAAUUCUGAAAAUCCCUGGUUUCACAGACAAUGUUGUCACCCAUCUUUUUGCUGGUUUAGGAGCGGGAUUCUUUGCAGUUUGCAUCGGCUCUCCAGUUGACGUGGUCAAGUCUAGAAUGAUGGGAGAUUCUGCAUACAAAAGUACAUUGGACUGCUUUGUGAAGACUCUAAAGAAUGAUGGGCCUUUGGCAUUCUACAAAGGCUUCAUCCCCAACUUUGGGCGACUAGGAUCAUGGAAUGUAUUAAUGUUUUUGACACUCGAGCAGGCUAAAAAGUUCGUCAGAAGUUUGGAGUCGUCUUAAAUAAAGCUGAAGAAAAUAGAGGUGAGAGGGCCAUCAAAUGCAUCAAACUCAGAUUUCAUCAAGCUGAUUGGUUUUCGCCAUUUAUUUUUCAAUAAAUGAUAUUGAACUCACUGGGGAAAGAGUUGGAAGGCACAACUCUUGUCUCAUUCAUUGCAUUGGAUUCAGAGAUUCGCAUAAGAAUAUAGUUGGAUGAAACUUCUGAGAAUUAUGCUCUUUCUUUCAAGAUUAAGGAGCAAAAGUGAAUGUAUGAAUAUUAUAGUAUAACUAGAAUUAUUUAGAAAUUGCAUUGGCAAAAAUAAAAUUGACCCAUUUCCCGUUGCACAA